AUGGCCGUGUGUCCGCCGCUGCGGGACUGCCAGGCGUGGAAGGAUGCGGGCCUCCCGCUCUCAACCCCCAGCAACGAGGCCUGCAAGCUGUUCGAUGCCACCCUGACCCAGUACGUCACCUGGACCAACGACAAGGCGCUUGGUGGCAUCGAGGGCUGCCUGGCGAAGCUGAAGGCCGCAGACCCCACCUUCGCCAUGGGCCACGCCAUCUCCAACGGCCUCGUGCUGAUCGGCACCGGGAGCUCCGUGCGGCUGGACAGGGAGCUGGCGCUCGCGGUGAGGCGCAUGGUGGAGCUGGCUGGCACCCAGCCGCUGACGCCACGGGAGCUGCUGCAUGUGUCCGCGGUGGAGGCCUUCGCCAAGGGGAACUUCCCCCAGGCCUGCGCGCUGUGGGAGCAGGUUCUCCGGGACCACCCCACGGACAUGCUGGCCCUCAAGUUCUCCCACGACGCCUACUUCUACCUGGGCUACCAGGAGCAGAUGCGGGACUCCGCGGCCCGCGUCGCCCCCUUCUGGACGCCGGGCGUGCCCCUGAGCAGCUACGUGAAGGGCAUCUACUCGUUCGGACUGAUGGAAACCAACCUGUACGACCAGGCGGAGAAGCUGGCCAAAGAGGCGCUGUCCGUGACCCCCACGGACGCGUGGUCGGUGCACACCGUGGCCCACAUCCACGAGAUGAAGGCGGAGGUCAAGGCCGGGCUGGACUUCAUGCGGCUCUCGGAAACCCACUGGAAGGACGCGGACAUGCUGGCCUGUCACAACUACUGGCACUGGGCGCUGUACCUGAUUGAGAAGGGCGAGUACGAGGCCGCGCUGACCAUUUACGACGACCACAUCCUCCCCAGCCUGCGGGCCAGCGGCGCCAUGCUGGACGUGGUGGACAGCUGCUCCAUGCUGUACCGGCUGCAGAUGGAAGGGGUGCCUGUGGGCGGGCGGUGGCAGGAGGUCCUGCCCGUGACCCGGGAGCACAGCUGUGACCACGUCCUGCUGUUCAACGACGCCCACUUCCUGAUGGCGGCACUGGGCGCGGGCGACACCGGGACCACGCAGGAGCUGCUGGCCACCCUGCAGGAGGCCAGCGAGUCCCCCGGGGAGAACUGCCAGCACCGGCUGGCCCGCGACGUGGGGCUGCCCCUGUGCCAGGCCCUGGUGGAGGCCGAGCGUGGGCACCCCGACCGCGUCCUGGAGCUGCUGCUGCCCAUCCGCUACCGCCUGGUCCAGAUCGGGGGCAGCAACGCGCAGAGAGACGUCUUCAGCCAGCUGCUCAUCCACGCCGCCCUGCAGUGCACCGAGGGCCCCCUCAGGAACGUGGCCCGAAGCCUCCUGAUGGAGCGGGACGCCUUGAAGCCAGGCUCGCCCCUCACGCAGCGGCUCAUGCGCAAGGCAGCGGCCGUCCACCUCCUGCAGUGA